UGACUCAUUGCACAAUACGAAGUGUCUUCGAUGCCAAGUACUAUUUUGAAUUCUUUUCAUUCAUUCGACAUCCCACUUGCGAAUGCCUGGGAACACGGCUUUUUCUUGCCUUCGUUACCCCUACUCGUGCGGUGGAAGAUUGAUCGUUGCUUGGUCCACGCUUGAACUGCCAGCUACUACUGUACACUAUACUAUGGCCAUUCGAGUACUAAACUAGGCGUAUAUUUUGUAUUAUGUGUUAUCUAUGUGCAAAUAAGCCGGUUCCGUGUUCUAUCAUAUUCUGUGGAUUGGUCGGUCCAGAGUAGUUCUAAAGAAUCGGUGAAAUCGUGGGAAAAAGAAAACUUAUAAAAAGUCGCGCGACGUGGACGGGUUUGAAUCCACUUUUAGUCAGACCGCUCCUAGGCCUCCUCCUUUUCACCCACCAUGUCUGAGAAGAUUAUCACCUACGACGAACUUCGCGCUCAUACGACCAAGGACUCCAUAUACCUUCUUAUCAGUGGAAAGGUGUACGAUGUCACAAAGUUCCUCGAUGAACAUCCUGGAGGAGACGAAGUGAUCUUAGCUGAAGCAGGCCAUGACGCGACAGAAGGUUUCGAGGAUGUUGGUCACUCAGACGAGGCUAGGGCGCUCCUUCCCGGCUUGUUUGUUGGUGAAUUCGACAAAAACAGCGGCCUCGAUAUCAAGUCAGGCGCAGCAGCCGCUCAAGCGUCGAGGGUGUCUGGUGCUGUUGAGCAGGGCUCUAAUAUGAUGUACUUUAUCCCGCUCGCACUGUUGGGGGGUUACUUUGCCUGGAGAUUCUACACAACGGGAUCUGUAUGAUUGCAUGCAACGUCUCAACAUACUAAUAAUGUCGUCUCUUGCUUUCAUGUACUUAUUCCGUUGCUCGCCCACUUCUACUACGUUGCCCCACACCUUCAACGGCCCCGUGCCACUUGUAAUAGAUCGUAUUCGUCAGUUUUCCUCGGUGGCCGGAUAAGAUUUCAAAUCCUUCUUACGAUCUACAAUUCCUACGAAGUCGCGUCGAGGAUACGUGUCACUUUCCACGGCCCGUUGUGUCAUUCGUGAUUUGCGCAAAGCACACACUCUAAGAGAUGUUUUCCGUGGCCAG